AUGCCAGACCACUGGGGAGACCCAGGAACAACCCAGCUGACAGCAAAAGACAUCCUCCAUUGGCUGCAAGCAUCCAAAGCCAGGUGCACUGUAGCCAGUGAGGAGGUGAUCCCAGCAGUGGAGUCCAUUGUUUCAGAGUGUCCCGGCUUGAAGACCAAAUUCCUGUUGUCUCCACACAGCCAGAAUCAGUGGCUCAGCUUCCAAGAGUUAUUUCAAACCACCUCUGCAGAGCACAGCUGUGUGGAGACAGGAAUUCAAGAACCAAUGGCCAUUUAUUUCGCCAGUGGGACCACAGGCUCUCCCAAGAUGGUCCAGCACUCUCAGAGCAUCCUCAGAAUUGGGUACACCCUCUGUGGAAGCUCCAUCAUCCAGCCGCUUACCACUUAUCCCAUCACGACCCUGUGCAGCGCUCCCACUGUGUACUGGAUGCUUGUGCUAGAAGACCUUAAGAGAUGUAAAUUCAAGAAGCUUCCGCAUUGCCUGAUGGGAGGGGAGCCACUCAAUCCAGAGGUGCUGGAACAGUGGAAAGUGCAAACUGGGCUAAUGCUGUACGAGGGCUACGGACAGACAGGUGGUAUGUUUAAUGGACAAAGCUUAAGUUUAACCCUUCAACCCCAGGACUGCCAGCUGAGCCCCUGA